AUGUCUCUUCCUUCUUCUUUGCUGGAAUGUGAUCGUUGCUUUUCUUGUGGCAGCAUUAACAAACGUAAAAGUAUCAGAAUUUGUUCAAAUUAUCAACGGUCUUUUCAUUUAUCUUGCGUAGGAUUGACGAGAAAGGCUUCAGCGUCUCUGGUUGUUUGGAAUUGUUCAUAUUGUCUGUCUCUAUCGGCUCUACAAGAUAGUGUGAUCCAUCAACCUAAUGAACCGAGCCAAAGAGAUACCAGUGAAGUUUUGAGGGCAACCUUACUCCUUAGGCAAUUCCGAAAGGUGCCUUUAAAAAUCCCUAAAUCUGUCAGAAUCCCGGCAGCCGAUGCCUUGGCUACUGCCAUAGACCAGGCACUUAACUUGAACAGCUCGCUUGACCGGGAUCACCUUUUCUCUUUCGCAACAAUUGUGCUCGGCAUUCCUUACAAUAAAGACCCUACAUCAUCUGUCUCAUCUAUUUUGAAAAAUAACAUUUCUUUAUUCAAUUCGUCUAAAAUAAAUGCCACCGAAUUUUUCUAA